CUGCAGAAGGGGGGGCUGACAACUCAGAUAUAAAUCGGAAGCGUAGGACAUGAUGUCAAGCAAGGUACCCCCUUCGAAUGAUAUCACAAUCCACUAGAUUGUCUGUACGACUGCAAAGCCCGAGGGCGGUCUUGUUUUUGAGACCCUUUCUAGAGUAUACGAUUGAUGUAUCGAGCGAAUCUUGGUUCGGGGGGAAAGUUUCUUUUCUUUUUUUUUCGUUUCCUUUUUUAUUUUAUCAUGUUUUACAGUUUAUGAUCCCCCCCUUCCCCUCCAUCGUGGAUUGUGGAUCGUCGAUUAGAUGUUUGUCCCAUGGUAGAGUCAUCCCUGCAGAACUCUCCCAGCCAUCUCGGGGGUCAAGCUUUGGUUUGUGGUAUGGUGACUGGAUCCUGACCAACGGUGAUUUUUCUUUUUUUUUUCUUUGUCCCUAGGUAUGGUUUUAAUUUUUAACGAGGGGAAACGUCUAUUUUCUAUUCGCGGUGCCGUCGCGUCUCUUUCCCCUAAUAGCAGCGUCUGAUAAUAUACGAUAAUCCAGCUUAAUAUAAUGUCCCAUGUUACCUGUAUGACU